AUGGGUGAGCUAAAAACAGGUAGAGGUUUGAAUCAAGAACUUGAUCUUAGUAAAGCCGGUGACACUCGUUGGGGAUCUCAUUACAAGUCGUCUGGAAACUUUAUUAGUAACUUUGCCUCCAUUGUUGAUGUACUUGAUUCUCUUGUUGAAAAUGCAAGUACUAAGGAAGAAAAAGCUAGUGCAUCGGGAUUUCUCAGAAGUUGCCAAACUUUUGAGACUAUUUUCUUGUUGUAUUUGAUAACUGAUGUUUUGGGAAUCACAAAUGAUCUUAAUGUGUCAUUACAGAAAAAGGAACAGAAUAUUGCUAAUGCCAUGAUUCUUCUACAAGAACUUAAUGACUGUUUUAAUGAGGUGACAAGUGAUUUACUUAAUGGUGUAACUUGCUUGAAUCCAAUUGAUAUAUUUUCUAGUUUUGACAUCAAAAAGAUAUUGGUGAUGGCUAAAUUAUAUCCUGAUGACUUUGAUGAGUUUAACAUGAGGGUUCUUAAGAAUCAACUUGUUAAUUAUAUUAUUGAUGUUCGUGAUAUUGAUAAAAGAUUCUCCAAUUUAGACAGACUUGGGGAACUUUCAAGAAAGUCGGUUGAGACAAAGAAGCAUUUAAGCUAUCCUCUUGUAUUUCUUUUAGUGAAGUUUGCUUUGCUUCUACCCAUUUCCACUGCAUCAAUUGAAAGAGCUUUUUCGACAAUAAAGUAUAUCAAGAAUGAUUUGCGGAAUCGAAUGGAUGAUGAAUUCUUAGAUGGUUGCAUAGUGUUUUAUGCAGAAAAAAGAGUAUUUAAGAAUAUUAAGAAUAUUUCUAAUGAGUGUAUUAUAGAAACAUUUCAAGGGAUGAAGCAUCGCCGAAUGCGCUUGUAA